AUGGCAAACACGCUCCUUUGUUGUCUCUUGCGGUCUUCCAUAGCCAUGUUUCCUCAGCUGCUGUUCAAUCUAUUCAAUUACCCAGUCAAUACGAAGAGUGUCGCCCGACGCUUCUGGUCGGCCCUGCCUUUUUCUGGGCUCUGGGAGGCUUGCAGCCGGACCUACGAUAAAUCGGCGUGUCAUCAAGACAGGGCCACGAUCCCGCUUAAGGGAAACCCCGUAUCAGGCCCAGAGAAUAAUUCGAAGGUCGCGACAGUGAUCUUCAUAAUUGGAGGUCCGGGAUCGGGAAAGAGUACUAUUGCAACCAGGCUUGCUGCGGACCUGGGCCUCAUCCAUCUUAAUCCCGACGAGAUCGUUAGUCGUCUAGAGAUCAUCGGCUCCGGGGACGAGUGGCUUGCAGUGAAAAGCACCGUGGACGAGAACGGAGCUGUUCCUGACGAUCUACUCAGCCUUCUCUUGAAGAUAGAAAUAUCUAAGCAUCUAAACGCACACCAGCGUGUGUUUCUGAUCGAGGCCUUUCCCAGGUCAUAUGCGCAGUUCAUGGAUCUCACCAGCAUCUGUGGCUACGGUCUUACUAUCAGCCUUGACGUGUCCUCUGCCACGUUGAUGAGACGCUUUAUGUUCGAGACUAAAUCAUUCUCGGAGAGAGUGGCGCAAAUGGAGGAUUUCCUCAAACGCGAAGACGCUUUUGCCGGCGCAGAACUUGCUCUCUAUCCACAUGCCAAUUUCACGGAUGGCCUUGUCAAGAACUGGGCAUGGAAAUGGUGUCCUCGGUGGACCACUUUGAGUCUUAGACUCAGCUCCCCUGACGUGUUCUCAACCAAGUAG